GCAGAGAGAGGAGGAUAGGCGGAGAGAGUGAAACCCCAUAAUGCACUGCAUGCUGCAGGGCUGAAGUCGUGCAGAUUCAUCAGUUCCUGUUUGAGGGGUUGUGUGUGUGUGAGCGCACACGCAGCCAUACACCAAGACCGAGCACAAGAGAAAUAACACAGAGAAGCAGGCAGAGAGAAGUGCCUUCAUUUGCUGACCCUUGAGGCUGUUUGGCUCCACUGAAGCUGCCUGUGCCUCUGUGCCUGUCCAUGUCUGCCGGAGCUGCCAGCCACACCAGGAGCACUAGGACUGCCGUGAAAGCCGGCCCCAUCCUCUGAAGCUGCCUCCACACCACCAACACCUCUGUCCUCCCCUGCUUCCUUCCCUUCAGCUCAGCUGCCAGCCAAGCCUCUCACCAGCCAUGCCACUCAGCUUUCCUCUGUGGAAGCCGACCACUUUCCCCUUCUCUGCAGGCAGAAUUUGAUUCUGAAUACAGACGGCUUUAAUCGGCUCCUGUGUGCGGAGGAAAAUUGUUUCAUUGCCGUUCCCUCCACCAUUCUUCUCCUAUUCCUUCUUCUCUGCCUCUUCCUCCUCUUUCAGUCCCGUACCUUUUGAUCAUGGGCCAGUUUGAUCGAUAAUGUGUUUUGACGUUCGUCUCAUCUGACAGUCCUGCUGAGGAACAAGCAAGUCGAGAGAACAGCAAACCUCUGACAUUGCCAGCACUGGCCCUGGGUGACAAGCGCUGAAGGAUUUCCAUUUGAGGCACAGACAGACACUUAGGAUGGGUCAUAGGUGGUAGGGGAGUCCAAGGCCUUAAAGCCUUUAUUCAGAUCCGAACCUGGGGACAAAACCACUGGAGUCUGGCUUUUUCCCAUGUCCUUAACCUAUUCUUUGUCAACAUUUGUCCCAGUUUUGUUUGAAAUAUACCAACAUAAUUAUAAUUGCAUUUGCUGGACACCUAUUCCUCCUAAUCGACCCCUCCUGUCUGCUUUGAAAUGGCGGUGAAUGUGACACCGAUCCGGGACACAAAGUGGCUGACACUGGAGGUCUGUCGGGAAUUCCAGAGAGGAACUUGCUCACGACCGGACAACGAGUGCAAGUUCGCCCACCCUGCCAAGAGCUGUCAAGUGGAAAAUGGCAGAGUCAUAGCUUGUUUUGACUCACUCAAGGGCCGCUGUUCCAGGGAGAACUGUAAGUACCUGCAUCCUCCUCCUCACCUAAAGACACAGUUGGAGAUCAAUGGAAGGAACAACCUCAUCCAGCAGAAAAACAUGGCCAUGCUAGCCCAGCAGAUGCAGCUCGCCAACGCCAUGAUCCCCGGCACACAGCUACAGCCUGUGCCCAUGUUUUCAGUCACGCCCAGCCUUGCAACCAAUGCCAAUGCUGCAGCAGCAGCAGCCACUGCGUUCAACCCCUACCUUGGUCCCGUGUCGCCCGGCCUGAUGCCUGCUGACAUCUUGCCCAGUGCGCCUGUACUGGUCACCAGCAACCCCAGCGUCCCUGUACCUGCUGCUGCUGCUGCUGCUGCUGCACAGAAACUCAUGAGGACAGACAGACUGGAGGUAUGUCGGGAAUACCAGCGGGGUAACUGCACACGUGGGGAGAAUGACUGCCGAUUUGCCCACCCGGCAGAUAGCACUAUGAUUGACACCAACGACAACACAGUCACUGUGUGCAUGGACUACAUAAAGGGCCGUUGCUCGAGGGAGAAGUGCAAGUACUUUCACCCUCCGGCCCACCUGCAGGCCAAAAUCAAAGCUGCCCAACACCAAGUGAACCAGGCUGCAGCUGCUGCAGCCAUGACUCAGUCGGCUGUCAAAUCACUGAAGCGACCCCUCGACGCAACCUUUGACCUGGGGCUCCCUCCCGUCUUGCCUCCUUUACCAAAGAGACCUGCACUUGAAAAAGCCAACGGUGCCACCACUAUGUUCAAUGCUGGUGUGUUCCAGUACCAACAGGCCCUGGCCAACAUGCAGUUUCAGCAGCAGGCUGCUUUCAUACCAUCAGGCUCGAUAUUGUGCAUGACACCUGCAACAAGUGUUGUACCCAUGAUGCACGGUGCUUCUCCAGCCACUGUGUCUGCAGCCACCACAUCUGCCACAAGUGUUCCCUUUGCAACAGCAACAGCAAAUCAGAUUCCAAUAAUAUCUGCAGACCAUCUGACUAGUCACAAGUAUGUGACCCAGAUGUAGGAGUCUCAGUCAGAACAAUGGAACUGGAGCGUGCUGGUGUCGAGUCCAAGAUUAGCAUCACCCUUCAUGCCCGUAACAUCAAGAGUGGAAUGGAAAGCCAAAUCUGAAAUGCUUCAGAAUAAAUCUGCAUGUUAACAUGGGAGGCACAGUUUGUUAGAAAUGUUUCAUGUGAGGUUCACUAUCACACAGCAACAGAAAAGAACAUCAUUACAUUAAAGACUGCCUUUGGUUCUGCAGAGGCUACUAACCUUUAUUCACCAGACACAUUUUGAAUGUUAACAUGAGGUAAAUGCACGGAGCAGUCGUCAGGAAAGCCGACUGAAUUGGUACAUCCAUUGACCAAGAAUCAUGUGCUGUUUGUUUAUUCAUUGGUUGUUGGUCUUUGACUUAAAUGUCUUUAUUUGUUUACACAAAGGUGCACCUUGUAUUUCAGUUGGGGUAAAAGAAACUAAUAAUUUUACUGAACCACAUAAGCAUGCACAAUGAUUUUUUUUUUUUUUGAUUUGGGUUUUUCUGAUUUUGUUUUUGUUAAACUGGUGAUAAGGGAAUUUACAUGAGUGCACUCAGAGUAAAAAUAGCAACUGAAUGUCUGUUAGGUGUCUUUCAAACCUUUGUAGCCUACCUUUUUAUCUCUUAAGCACAUGUCUUUAACCUUGUAGGCAUCCCUGUAAAGUGCCAUACAUCUCAAAAAAUACACAAAUGGUAUUCAAGCAGUGUUGCAAAGUAUUAAUUUCAACAAUUCCCUUUAAUAUGUCUCUUUUCUCUCUUGGGCAGCAUGAAAUGUCCAAUUUCAUGACCUCUCAUUACCUGUAAAUCCCAGUACCAACACUGUUAAUUUGAUCACUUUCACCAAAUCCUCUACCUACUGACUGAUUAACUUUAACCUUUUUUUCUUAAACUGUUGUUGUCAGUUGUUAGACAUGAAAUGACUAGAUCAUAGAUCUGUCUGUCCAUGCAGAAAGUUUUGAAUUGUGUGUAGGUUUUUGGCCUGUGAGAGACCAAAGACUCUCUCUAUGACAUCUUAAUAAAUAGUUUGGAAGCCACAGGGCGAUCAGUUUGUGUCCAAAAUGCUGUGAGACAGAAGUAAAAAUCUGCAAAGCAUCUGGUGAUGAGUAUAUGAGUUGUGUGACAUGACUUGUUUUUUUUUUUUUGUAUGGUUAAGCAUAUUUUAAGGCACGCUGUCGAAGUAGAGUCAGUGUAGUGUACAUAUAGUCCAAUAUAUUUAAAAGCAUUUGUUUAAUACCUGAGAACUGUUUUUCAGAUAGCCAAAGUCUUUUUGUGUCGCUGUUAUUAGGUCUUUUGGAUAGACUAGUGGGGCUAAAAUUUGAAAACGCAUAGCCCAAGGAAGGUGUGUUUGGGUGUUUAGAGUAGAUCUCUACAACUCUUUGUUUUGUUGUGUUCUGGGUGUUCUUCAGGCAUAUUUAAUUGUUGGAUAAUACAGGGAAAGUGGCAAGAAUAAAAAACGAUUGUAUUACUCAUCCAAAGCCUUAGAAUGUACCAUCGGGUCAGCACAAUGCAACAUGCCAUUAUGAACCAUCCAGUUGCCUAAUCCACGCCAUAUUAACACACACAGAGCACUAUGUAACUGUCACAUUUUGUCAGUGUUUUCUUAACUUUAUUGUAGUUUGUUUCUUUCUUAGACAAGGAGUGUUUCAUUUUGGUUGGAAAAUAUUUUGAUAUUAGUUUGAAUUUUUAGUUUUGCUUACUGUAUUAUAUUUAUCUUUACGAUAAUGAAUAUAAGGUACAGUGUGUUUGUUUGUGUGUCCCUCAUGCACAGUUUCCUGAAAUUCCAUGUAAUGUUAAUUUUAUUAUGAUUAUGAUUGUAAACUCAAUAUUUUCUAUGUUAUGCAUAUUGUUGAACCGUAUGCAUAUUGUUUCAUUUCUCUAGUAUUUUUGUGUUCUUUGAACAAAGAUGUUUUAUAUGAGUAUCUAACAGUGAUGAAAUAAUAGAACUGAGAGGCUUGGUUGUCACUAUGGCAACCACUGCCAAAUACCUGAGUAAUAUUUUAAUGAUUGUAAGGUUUGUAAUUAGUCACUUAAGAAAAAAAUAUAUUAUAAAAAUCUAGUUAUUAGAUGUUUAGAGUAAAGAUGUUAUUUUCUACUGUAUCCAUUUCAAUUAGUAAAUAUUGUUUAAAUAUUUCUACUCUCCCUGGAAAUUGGGCCAUGUUGGAAAACAAGCUGCAUAUUUAAUCACUUUUAUGGGCGUUUCUGGUGGGGUCAAUGUGAACGUGGCAAGUUGGAAACAAGCCUCGGCACUCCUUUCUUACUUCGCCAACUGCAAACAACAAGGGUGGGUGGGGAAUACUGAGGCUGUAAAGGUGAUAAAGGUUGACUUUUUUGCACUUCUGUACAUAGUCAAAAAAGAGAGAAUCAUGUAUAUUGAGAUCUUAUUUUGAAUAAAAAAAAUGUCUAUAAUGACAAGGAAUUUUGCUAGGAUAACAACAAAAAUCUUAUGAAAGGCUGAACACAAUUGCUUGCAUUAAAAGGGCACUGAGUUCUCGCUCUCCUACCCCUUUCAGAAAAGGCCAAGUGUUGCUCUUCUUUUUUGUCAGCAGCUUGUAGUUUGCCAGGUAGCCUUCAGGAGGAGGUGUCCACUGCCCUCCAGUAAGAGCCUGACUGGGUUUGUUUGCCUGAACUCACAGGUUUGUGUGUCAUGGCCACACCCCUUCCAGGCCCAACCAAUCACAACACGUCCUGUCUCCUUACCUUACUCAGAAAGGAAUGCAUGUUAAAGGAAAUACAUAUACUGUUAAAAAAAAAGAGAAAAAAAAUCACAACACAGUAAUAUUGAAUAAGAAAACAUUUACAUAGAAAGAUGUAUUUACAGUAUACAAUAUUCUAUAAAUGUAAUGGAUUAAAAUAUAUAUAAAAAAACAAAAAUAGAAUAGUGGUUUAUUUAAAAAAAAAAAAAAUAUAGAAACUAUACUCACUACAG